CCAGGCUCCCUCCUUAGCAACUGCUUAUAACUGUUCUCAGUCUGGAUUAAGGAAGUGGGGGAAGGCAGCGAUUAGAGACCAUCAUGUGGACAAAGGUGGCGCUGACAUACAACAUGAAAUGCUAUAACGCGGCAAAAAAAGAGUAUUUCUAAACAUAAGGACGGGGGUGGACGAGUCGCUGCCUAUUAGCCGAGUCGCGAGGCGUAGAACUCGAAGCAGCGCGGUGAUUGGUUGAGACGCGCUUUCACCAUGAUACAGGCAAUGUGGGCUGGACUUAGAAGGUCAAAAGUAAAACAGCUGCUGGUUGCAAAAAUAAACAAGACAUUGGCAAACCCGGUGCCCGGGCAAAGAGCGAAGUGAGUGGAGCGCUUCCGCGGGCUGCGCAAGGAGCAGGUUUGUCAGCAGGUGUGAGCCAUCAGCGUUUUGGCCUUAAGUGGACAGGCCUGCCCCUCUUCUGCCUGACCUUCUGCUGUCUACGUUCUGCAGAACCCUCACCUUUCAGUGACACCUGUGUUUCUCUUCCAAACUUGGUACCAAUGAGGAUGAAGGAAGAAGAGCCAGAUUACCAGAAGCAGUUUGAAGCAGCCGUCAAUGUCAUCCAAGGCUUGCCCAAGAACGGAUCCUACCGACCGUCUUAUGAAGAAAUGCUACGCUUCUAUAGCUACUACAAGCAAGCAACGGUGGGUCAAUGCCAGAUCCCAAGGCCAGGGUUUUGGGACCCUAUUGGCAGAUAUAAAUGGGAUGCAUGGAAUAGCUUGGGAAAGAUGACCAAAAAGGAAGCUAUGGCAGCGUAUAUCGCAGAGAUGAAGAAGGCAGCUCAGAAGGUCAUCAACACUGUGCCAUUGGAUGAGGCAUCAGAAGACAUGUUCGUAUACUUUGAACCCCUGUAUGAAGUGAUUCACGAUAUGCCCAGGCACCCCAAGUCUUUCUUCAAGAAGAAACCAGGCCAUGUGGACAAAGCAAUCAAGAACAGCCAAGUAACCAGCGAUUCAGAGAGUGAGGUGUUCUGCGAUAGCCUGGAACAUGUGGAACCUGAUCAGGUGAGGAGGCUAUCAGCCACACAAAGCCUCCCCCUGAACAAUUCUCAACGGGUUAAAGCUGAAGAGGAAAGUGUGUAUAAGCCUCCAGCGCAUGCACCAUCUUCAAGGAGGGAAGGAAAGCCAAACAAAGCUCUGCAAACUAGCCCCAUUGAGAGGGGGCUCAACAGUAGUCUUGAACUCACCAAUGAGAGCCAGGCAGGUGCUAUGAUGCAACAGGAAGUGGAGCUGCAGGUGAUGAGCACUAUUCAAGCUUUGCAGGAGGACAUGAAGAAAGUGUUGGAGAGACUUGGCUACCUGGAAUCACAGGCAGUUUUGCAGGGCCACACAUCAAUGCUGAAUCCUUGUCAGCUAUCCUUACUGCAUGAUGGAAAGGAACUGCCAGGUUGGCCAGCACAGCUGUCUCCUCGCACCUGGUUUUUCCUGCUGGCUUGGCCUUUCAUUGUCCAAUGGCUUCUUUGGUAUUUUCAGAGACAGAAGAGGUGAAUUGAUACCUGUCUCUUUACCUGCAUUAAAAAAAAUGGCUGUAAAGUACUGACACUUUUGAACCCUAAACACUGGACACCUGCCAAUACUUCUACCUGUGAGGGACAACACAUCAUCUUAUUUGCCUGAGCCCAACGCAGCAAUCCUGGGGUGGCGAGAGAAAAUAUUUAAUCAAAUUUGGUUUGUAUUAAACAAAGGAAGUCAGGAGGGGGGAGAAUGACUGCAGAAUGAAAUUGAGAGGCAGGGGACUUGCUCAGUAAGCAUCAAGAGGGGUGCAAAGGGAAAUUGAGGCUUCACAAGACAAGGCUAGUCCUGACAAUCCAAGCAACAUUAAAGACUUCAGUGGCAUGCAUUCAACACUGUAGUACUUAAAACUUUGCAAAGCUCUGAAGUGGGGCAGGCAAGGUUUACAUUAACUAGCCCAGAAGGUGGUCUUUUGGCUACAAUUCCCGCACCUGAAAAGGAGGGAUUGGAUUUUUUUUUGAACUCAGGGUGUCUGAACCAUUCCCAGCUGGAGGAAAUAGUUUGAUGCUAAUAAAGCAAUUGCAGUCCUCUUCCUUUUUCUUUGCUUAUUUCAAAAGGCUUGGUAGCUGUGAUCCUGACAAAAAAAGUUCCUCCAAAGUACUUCCAUGCCCCUAUAUGCCAUUUGCCUGUCCUUCCAUUCUCAGUCAAGUAUGAUCAGAAAAUGGAACACUUUGGCCAUGAACACAAGGUGGCUGUCAUGCCACUUGGAAAGACAACUUAAUAGGGACCUAUGAGGUUGUCAUUGCCAGCCUCCCACAGUUAUCCCAGAAAGUAGAGUUUAGGCCUUAAUCAGGAUGAAUCUUCCACAUAAUGUAUCUCUCUGUAUGUAAUCAGGUGAGCUAAAGUGACAACUGCCUCUGAGAAUGAGCAGAGAUGCCCUUUCCUCUAUGCCAGGGGUUCUCAAACUUUCUAUCCCAAGGGCCCACUUGAGGUGGCUGAAAACUAAUGAGGCCCACCAGUCAGUCACAAAAUGGCGGUGGAGGGACAGAACCGGUCACAAAAUGGUGGCAGGCAAAGUGUGGCAUAAUCAGCUGGCAAUUACUGACAUCACUUUCUGACAAUAUCUAACCCUUUCAAAAAUGUUAAAUUCUUUGCCACAACAUUGUUUUUGUAGCAAAGAGUUCUACAGCUCAGAUUUCCUCAAGCAUUGAGGCAGACAUUUGCUCAGGAGGUAUGGUGACUCACCCUCCCCAUUUUAGGCAGAAUUUGCUGAUCCAGAGGCUCUAAGUAGCAAAAACCUUUUCUUUUAUAUUUCUCCCUUCCCACCCCCAUAUGCCUCUCAAAGUAUUUUACCCAUCUCCCGUAAUUUCGUCUCCCAUUUCAUACUCAACUUGUACCUUAUAACCCCCCCAAAAUGCCUGUUAGUUUCUUUAAUUUCUCUUCCCUGAUCCUUUUACAUUCACUUCUUUCUCCUAUAACAGCUUCCUUCUCAUCACAUCCUUCUCUAUUCUGUGUGUUUAUAAUAAAUAUUAACCUUGUAUCUCUCUAUUAUAUAUAUGAAACUUUUUUCUCUCUUUCUAAUUUUCUUCAACACCUUCUCCAGGCCUUCACCUUCAGAACAAGGAGACUUUCCUUCCCAGUGAACUUCCAUCUCCCAGCCACUUUUACUCAUAGAAUCAUAGGAAGUAGAGUUGGAAGGGGCCUAUAAGGCCAUCAAGCCCAACCCACUGCUCAAUGCAGGAAUCCAACGUAAAGCUGACCAGACAUAUGGCUGUUCCACUGCCUCUUGAAUGUCUCUAGUGUUGGAGAGCCCAAUACUUCCCUAGGUAAUUGGUUCUAUUGUUGUGCCUCUCUUAACAGGAAGUUUUUCCUGAUGUUCAGUUGAAAUCUGGCUUCCGGUAACUUUAGCCAAUUAUUCCAUGUCCUGUAGUCUGGGAUGAUCGAGAAGAGAUCCUGGCCCUCCUCUGUGUGACAACUUAAAAGUACUUGAAGAGUGCUAUCAUAUCUCCCCUCAGUCUUCUCUUCUUCCAGUUCUUUUCAGUUUCUCCUUAUAAGGCUUUGUUUCCAGUCCCCUGUUCAUCCUUGUUGCCCUCCUCUGAACCCAUUCCAGUGUGUCUGCAUCUUUCUUAAAAUGCUGUGUCCAGAAUUGGACACAGUACUCAAUAUGAGGCCUAACCAAUGCCGAAUAGAGGGGAACUAGUACUUCAUGCAAUUUGGAAACUAUAUUUCUGUUAAUGCAGCCUAAAAUACCAUUUGCCAUUGUUGCAGCCAGAUCACACUGUUGGCUCAUAUUCAGCUUGUGAAUAACAAUUUCAAGAUCCUUCUCUCAUGCAGAAUUGCUAAGCCAACAAUAAUUGUGCAUUUGGUUUAUUUAUCCUAGGUGUAGAACUUUGUACUUAUCCCUGUUAAAUUUCAUUCUGUUGUUUUCAGCCCAAUGCUCCAGCCUGUCAAGAUCACUUUGAAUAUUGUUUCAGUCCUCCAGGGUAUUAGCUGUCCCUCCCAAUUUUGCAUCAUCUGCAGAUUGGAUAAACAAUCCCUGCACCUCCUCAUCCAAGUUGAGCCCAGGACCGAGCCCUGCAGUAUCCCGCUUGUUACCUCCCUCAAGUUUGAGAAGGAACCAUUUAUAAACACUCUUGGAGUACAAUUCUGUAGCCAACUGUGGAUCCACCUGAAGGUUGUUCCAUCCAGCCCACAUUUAGCUAGAUUGCUAAUCAGAAUAUCAUGGGGCACUUUGUCAAAAUCUUUGCUGAAGUUGAGAUAUAUUAUGUCCACAGCAUUCCCACAGUCUAUGAGGAAGGAUACCUGAUCAAAAAAUAAGAUUAGUCUGGCAGCAUUUGUUCUUGAUAAAUCCUUGUUGGCUUCUAGUCACUGAAUUGUUUUCAAGGUGGUCACAGCCUGACCACUUUAUAAUCUGCUCCAGAAUAUUCCCAGGGAUCGAUGUCAGGUUGACUGGUCUAUAGUUCCCAGGUUCCUCCUUUCUGCCAUUUUUGAAGAUAGGGCAACAUUAGCCCUCCAGUUGUGCAAGGAGUUGUUGGUGCUGGCAUCGGUCCAACUAAAGGCUCUGGUACAUGGCUAGGGGGCAGGGCAGGCAAGUGAAGAAGAGGUAGUUGGCAGGCAGGCCCACCUGAAAGUGGUCCAAGGCCCACUGGUGGGUCCUGGCUCAGUGUUUAAGAAAUACUGCUCCAUACCAAGUCACCACCACCUGUCUCUGUGCUUUUGGAGCAAAGGGUGUGACCUCCAUAAAAAAGAGUUGCCUUGUUGGAGCAGACCAAAGGCCCAAGGAGUCUAGUCUAUGUCUUCAAGAGUGGUCAGCAGGAUACUACCAAAAACUCACAAGACUGGCAUGAAGAACUCAGCUGUCCCCUGCCCCCUAGCCAUCAUGGUAUCUUUUGACCAAUGAAGCAAUCAAUGCUAUUUCAAUAAACGUCCAUGAUAUCCUUAUAUACUUGGCGCUUUGAGGGCUAUUGUUCAAAAAGUGGGAUGCAAACGGGAAAAUAAUUUUUAAAAAUUGAAAUAUUGAAGGAAUGUGAGAAAAUGUUCAAUUUAAUAAAAAACUAGU